AUGGCAGGCAACUGGCACAGUAGGGGACACAUUGUCGCCGAACUUUUGAAGAAAAAGCAGACACAACAACAACAACAAGACUUGCAACUCGCGGCCAUCACCCGGGUCAACAGCGCAGCGUCAAUACCAGACGGCGUGCGAGCCGCCCAGGUCGACUACAACGACCACGCUUCCCUGGUCGCGGCGCUUGCAGGGCAGCAUGUCUUGAUCAUUACUUUGGUCGUGGCGGCGCACAAGGAUACAUAG